ACGUUUGUUUGUAAUUGGCGAAGUACCGUUCGCUGACCCACUUGUGUCGUGGAUGAGAAAAAGUUUUCUGCACGCAAUUUAUUCUAAGUGACUAAAACGUAACCAAUUAAAUAAAACAUCAAAAUGUCCGUCAGCGCUCCUCUUAUUGUAAGAUUAUUGGCUUCUUCUGUGUCAGUAGCUGGUCGAGCUGGAAAAAUUGUGAGAGAUGUAAUGAGCAAAGGAGAGUUGGGGAUUGUUGAAAAGGGCAAGGAUGACUAUCAGACAGAAGCAGAUAGGUCUGCAGAGAAAUGUAUUGUCGCAUCCCUGUCAAAACAGUAUCCAAAAGCCAGCAUUAUUGGAGAGGAAGAUAGCUCUGUUGAAGAGGGUGAGGUGUCAGCAGACUGGAUUGUGGUUGAUGCAGACAAAGAAGUAUUGGGUCUUGAGUGCCCCGCUAGCCUGCAAGGGGUGAAGGAGGAGGACAUAGUAGUGUGGGUUGAUCCUCUUGAUGGAACUUCUGAGUACACUCAAGGUGCCCUAAUGUUGAAGAGAGAUCCUUGGGAAAGAUGGAAAAUGUAUUUGAGCCACCCAUUUAUCAGUAUGAAGUGGUACUUAAGUCUACUUCAAUCACAUUUUGGUUUCUUGGAGCAUGUGACAGUUCUUAUUGGAAUCUCUGUGAAUGAGAAACCAGUAGCUGGAGUGAUUCACCAGCCAUUUUUCAAAACUCAAACCGGAGGAGAGGUUAAAAUGGGCAGAACUAUCUGGGGGCUGUCUGAGAUAGGAGUGGGAGGGUUCACGCCGGCCCCGCCUCCUGGCUCCUUGAUCAUCACCACAACGAGAAGCCAUUCUAAUCCUGUGGUUGAGAAGGCUUUACAGGUCAUGAAUGCUGCUCAGAUACUUAGGGUUGGAGGUGCAGGAUACAAGGUAUUACAACUCUUGGAAGGCAAAGCUUCAGUUUACGUAUUCGCCAGCCCAGGAUGCAAGAAGUGGGACACGUGCGCCCCUGAAGCAGUGCUCUCAGCGGCCGGCGGUAAGCUCACAGACAUUCUCGGAAACUUCUACAAAUACGGCGCCUCGGCGCCCAAGCCCAACAAGACUGGGGUCUUGGCCGCCGUCAACGAUGAACUGCACAGCUACGCCCUUAACAGGAUACCACAGGAACUGAAAGACACUCUUGCCAACAAAUAGCUACGAUUUAUGUCACGUUUUUAACCUCAUAUACGAUGUUGACCUGUUCUAUAUUUGAUUGCUCUCACGUCAAAAAAAUAGCUUGUUUUCGAACUCCGUGACAAAACGACGUAUUCCUUUUUUAGAUAAAAUUUAUUUAUUUGAUCUUAGAAAUUAUUUGAAGACUUGUGAUUUACGAUGUUCAUCAAGUCACAUUUCCCUUUACACCUUCCCUUGGCUUGGUUAUGUUAUGAGGAUUAAGGCCUCACGGGGUUACAUCGUUCGAGGAGGCAAUAAAUAUACGUAAAACGUGCUUUAUGGUUGUACUCGGUUAAUUUCAUAAUUUAUUAUUGUUGAUGUGAUAGUAAAGAAACGCAAUAAAUGUCUGGUAACAGUA